AUGGCGCAGGAGCUGCGGGGCAUGGACGGCGACGUGGAGGAUGGCGAGCUGUCCGGCUCCGACUCGGACAUGCCCGGCGUCGGCUCCCCCGGAGAGAAGCUGCACGCUAGCAGUGAUUCCUGCAGGCCCUUCCAGAGCAGCCUCUCAUCCUGUGCUCCCAGCGUUCCUUACAGGACCACCAAGAGCUUGGACUCCAGCGAGGACAGCGCCUCCGACUCCGAUGACGACAGCUGCCUGUGGAAGAGAAAGAGGCAGAAGUGCUUCAACGUCUCCCCUGCCAAACCCGAGCCCUUCCAGGUCAGCCAGAGCCACCAAAAACAGACUGCUCUGCGUGGCAAGAAGGUCAACAACAUCUGGGGCGCGGUGCUCCAGGAGCAGAACCAGGACGCAGUGGCGACUGAGCUUGGGAUUCUCGGCAUGGACGGUUCAAUUGACAGGAGCAGGCAGUCUGAGACUUACAACUACCUGCUGGCUAAAAAGCUGAUGAAGGAAGCCCAGCAGAAGGAGGCAGAGACUUUGGAUAAGGAGCUGGAUGAAUACAUGCACGAUGACAAGAAGACGCUGGCAGCAGAGGAGGAGAACGGGCAGGGCUUCCUCAAACGGAAGCGGCCCGUGAGAGACAGGCUGGGAGAAAGGCAAGAGAUGAAAUAUAAGGGAAGGUAUGAGAUAACAGAGGAAGAUUCGGAGGAAAAAGUGGCAGAUGAAAUUGCUUAUCGACUUUGUGAGCCAAAGAAAGACUUAAUUGCUCGAGUAGUGAAAAUAAUUGGGAAGAGAAAAGCCAUCGAGCUGCUGAUGGAAACAGCAGAAGUGGAGCAGAAUGGUGGACUGUUCAUCGUGAAUGGCACCAGGAGAAGAACACCUGGAGGUGUUUAUUUAAACCUGCUGAAGAACACACCGAGCAUCAAAGAAGAACAAAUCAAGGAAAUAUUCUAUCUGGAAAACCAGAAGGAGUAUGAAAACAAAAAAGCUGCCAAGAAGAGGAGGAUACAAGUUCUGGGGAAGAAGAUGAAAAAGGCCAUCAAGGGGCUUAACCUGCAGGAGUAUGAUGAUGCAUCUCGUGAGACUUUUGCCAGUGACACAAACGAGGCUCUGGCUUCCCUGGAUGACCUGCAGGAGGGGCACCACGAGGCAAAGAUGGAACCUGAGGAUACCAUUGAAAUUGAUAAUGCCCACGAUUUGGAGAUCUUUUAGUUAUGAUAUUCUUGAUAACAGAGUCUCUAUAAAAACAUGUUAAAUAAGCCUUUCUUGUAAUCCUGCGACUUCUCGUUUUCGACGUAUGGGGAAUACUUGAUGCUGAAAAAUAGGAGGUAAUUCUUAGCUAAAUUUAACAGCAUGAAAGAGUUUUAAUUGUCCUGUUACUUGUUUGCUGAGUCCUCAGAAACUGUCAACAUUUUUCUAGAUAACAGCCCUGCAUCACUUUAGGAAGUGUUUUUAGUCAGGUGUUAAGGCUGUGUUUUAACCAAAUAAUUACCUUUUAAUUUGCUGAAGCACACAAAGUCAUCAGGUGAGCAAUGCUCUUUACUACAGAUGAACAGAAAAACAGUAUGAAUUUAGUCUUGAUAUAAAAGAUCAUAUAUUCUUAAUGUGGCAGUGUAUUGACAAAACCAGCAGUAUUUAUAGAAUUAAGACCUGUUGAUUUGUGAAAUAAUUUUAGUGGACCUUUGAAUAAGAACCUUGUAAAUAAGCAGUAUUGAGCAAUGUAUGUUUCAGAUUUCUGCAGUUUUAUUCCUUGUAUUCCAGUGGUGACUUGAGCUUCCUAUCUGUUCUGUCUAAACAUUUUCCAUGAUUAGACACACACCUAAGUUCCAUGGAUCUUUUUGUUUCCAGAGAAAUAUAACUGAAAGCUUUCAGAGUAGUGAGAUUUUACUAAGCUGUGUUCCCUUCAAGGGUCUGUAGACUGUACAUGCAGAUAUAAACCCUUUACCCUGCAGUUCUUGUUUCUGUCCUCUUCCUGUGUGCAGUGAGAUAAUGUGCAGCUUGCAGAAAAUCUGGAGUUUUUCUGUGCUGACUCUCGCAGGGGAUAUUUUUUUUUAAUUUACUUGAUGCAGGAAACUGCUGUGUAGUUUGUUAGUUCAACCGAAAUAUAUUUUUAUGUUGAAUAUUGUUUUUAAUAUAGUUGAAGAACAUGUGUAACACUGAUGUCUAAAGUAUUUUGUUACUAAUAAGUUGUGGCAUUUUUGUGACUAGACACUAUUCAGCCCAACUUUUGUGCAUAAAUUUUGUUCACCUUCGGGUCCUUGAGUUUCAGAAGGAAAGUGUGUCAGUAUAACACAUAAUCAGUUUAUAGGAUUGAACAAUUCAGUACUACCAAGAGCUGGCAUUUAAAGGAUUGCAGCAUUUGAAGAAACACUUCUUACACAUAACAGCACAUUCCAUUACUUGCCUUACUAAACCUGGGUUUUGACUUUUCUGCUUUUUUUCUGUUCACAUGAAACAAAGCUCCUAAUUGUUAAAAAGUUACUCAUCAGAUGUGCAGCAUGCCUUUGCUGUUAGUAGUUGCUCGUGCUGAAAUAACAGAAUUUCUAAUUUUUUUCGUUAAUUUUCCUGACCAGUGAUGGUCACACUAAACCGAUAACUCUUAUAAGGGAAACAGAAUUUUGUGCUGUUUAAUUGCUUUGAGACUGUACCAUUUCGCCCUGGUUUUUGGGACCUGCUUGGGGAUAUGUCUUAACUGUUUUCUGGAUAGAAUCAGCAAAUUGCAACAUUGUUUUAAGCAAUUUUUUUAUGUUAUGUGAUUUGCACUGUG